GUCGGAGCUGAAUGCCGCGCCGCGCAUCGCAAGCGAACCGGGUUUUUAAAAAAAAUUAAAUAAUAAAAAUGACCUGGCUUGGAUUAAUAGUGCUGAUUAGCGAUACUGCUUUGAGGAAAUAAGCACCAGAGUGUUUAAACUAGUAGAGAGGGGCGUUAAAUUGAUGGGAGGGAGAGAAGAUUCAGUGGGAUUCAAUUCAAAGUUUAGCCUGUGGAGGAGAACAGGGAAAACGCUGACAGACCCGGUGUAGUGAGACAAAUUUUAUUUUAUUUUUUCAUACAGCUUGUUCGGUGAGAAGCAUUUCCUUCAUGGAAUAUCUCUGAAUGAGAGAGAGAGAGAGAGAGAGAGGACGGGGGAACUUGCCGCUGCAGUGUGCACAGCUUUGUCCAUUGGAAUUAACAGCAGUAAUAACAUGGCUAUCCUGGUUUUCGAUAAUGAUGAAUAUAGACCACCAGUAUGGAAGUCUUACUUGUAUCAGCUCCAGCAGGAGGCGCCACACCCUCGGCGAGUCACAUGCAUUUGUGAGGAUGAAAAUAGGCCAAAAUACUACGGUCGAGAGUACCAUGGCAUGAUCUCCAGAGAGGAGGCGGAUCAGCUGCUGAGUGUGGCAGAAGGAAGUUACCUCAUAAGAGAGAGCCAGAGACAACCGGGCACUUACACCUUAGCUUUACGCUUCGGGAACCAGACCCGCAAUUUCCGCCUCUAUUACGAUGGAAAGCACUUUGUGGGAGAGAAACGGUUUGAGUCAAUCCACGACUUGGUCACAGACGGCCUGAUCACACUCUACAUCGAGACCAAAGCAGCUGAGUACAUCUCUAAGAUGACCAUUAACCCCAUUUAUGAGCACGUGGGAUACACCACGCUGAACCGCGAGCCAGCACUGAAGAAACCUGCACCCGUCAGCACAGACGCACCUGACUGGAAGGAGCCACCCGGGGAGGAAAGCGGCCUGGAAGAGAGGCUCAGCUCGCUGGUGCGCCGGGCCACACUGAAGGACAACGACCGCGUCCCCAAGUAUGAGAAAGUCCACAACUUUAAGGUACACACAUUCAGAGGGCCGCACUGGUGCGAAUACUGUGCCAACUUUAUGUGGGGGCUCAUUGCUCAGGGGGUCAAAUGCGCAGACUGUGGCUUGAAUGUUCAUAAGCAGUGUUCCAAGAUGGUUCCUAAUGACUGUAAGCCAGACCUGAAACAUGUGAAGAAAGUGUACAGCUGUGAUCUAACCACUCUGGUAAAAGCCCAUAAUUCCAAACGACCCAUGGUGGUGGAUAUGUGUAUACGGGAGAUCGAAUCACGAGGUCUGAAGUCAGAAGGUCUCUACAGAGUGUCUGGCUUCAGUGAUUUAAUUGAAGAUGUCAAGUUGUCCUUCGACAGAGAUGGGGAGAAGGCAGACAUCUCAGUGAAUACGUAUGAAGAUAUUAACAUCAUCACGGGUGCUCUUAAGCUCUACUUCAGGGAAUUGCCCAUUCCUGUUAUCACUUACGACGCAUAUCCACGCUUCAUCGAGGCUGCCAAGCUGACAGACCCAGAUGAGCGUCUCGAGGCGCUUCACGAAGCCCUGAAGCAACUGCCUCCUGCUCACUGUGAAACUCUGAGGUAUCUGAUGGGUCACUUAAAAAGGGUGACCCAGAAUGAGAAGGAUAACCUGAUGAACGCAGAGAAUUUGGGGAUCGUGUUUGGGCCUACUCUGAUGCGUGCACCGGACCUCGACGCCAUGACAGCACUGAACGACAUCCGCUACCAGAGGCAGGUGGUAGAGUCUCUGAUAAAGAACGAAGACAUCCUCUUCUAACCUGCCCAUCAUUCCACCUCUAAUAUGAAGGAACAAGUUUUUUUUUGUUUGUUUGUUUGUUUGUUUUUAAAUCAUGGACUGCAGCUUAUGCUGUGUUUUUCUUUUUGUGCAAAGACUUGAAACUGGAUAUGAAGGACCAUUGUAUAAUGGUCCGUUCUUCCCACACCUGGUGGACAAGUUCUAAUUGGUUAAUUUUUUUGUUUGUUUUUCUUGUUUAAUGGGCGUGGAUUACGUACCUUAAAUUUGCAUGUCUUCCUCCCCAUUUUUGUCGGGGCUUACGGUAACUGAGCGGUGGGACUCUGCAGAGCCAGUAGUGUUUAUUUUGUGGCAGUGUAGGGGUUACUGAGGAAUAAAAGCUAGCCUCGGCCUCCUCCUGCAGCAUGAGAUAAAGCUCGUGAAAUCUGAUGCGUCGUGACUGUACUUUUAUUUGUCCCAUGUAUGUACACUAGUUCCUAUUUGCCAAACGGGUUUUGUGUUUUGUGAAAACUGUAAAUGUGAGAUAUUCCAGUGUUUUGUUUGUUUGUUUGUUUGUUUGUUUGUUUGUUUGUUUGUUUGUUUUUUAAAGUGACACUUUACCUGAAAAGCUCAAAGUAAAAGCUGCUUCGGAAGACGUUUAAGCAAGAAACUUCCAUAAACUCCUAGUGGGCUUUAUAGCUAACAGAUAUAGUACCAGUAACAGUCUGUAUUAAUGUGAUGAAAUCCUGCUUAUCUCUGUCUUUAGGUUUUUCUUUGACAGAUUAGAUUUUGUACUUGCUGAGUUGCUUAUGUCAUUUUUGUAUGCCCAGUGUUUUACUAUUAGCUCAAUUUUUUCCAGUUUUAAAUUUGUACUGAAUAUUUCAUGAAUGUCAUUUUACCAGCCGUUACAAAUAGCUCUUCAAGUAAAGUGUCACUGUUGGGUUGGGGGUUUUUUUUUCCCCUUAAAAAACCUGACCUUUUUUUUUUUUUUUUUUUUUUUUUUUAAUCAUUUGUCUCUGCCUGUAAUCUGCCUUUUUCCUGCAGUACCUCUUCAGAUGACUCUCCAGAGGCUCUUCAGCUCUACUGAUGAAGGACAUUCCAAUCUGUUUACUACUCGGUGUCUAUCAUAGUAGUCUGGCCUUUACAGAAAUCUCUUGCACUCUGAACAGAAGUGGCGUGUGUUUUUGGUUGUAAUGUUUUUGUAUUUGUUUUGCUCAUGGAUUAAUUUA